UGGCAUGAUUCUACACCUUUUUUGUGGUGACUGCAUUAUUUUAGGGUUAUUUCACAUCAUUUGUUGCGACUUUUGAGUCUUUUUGUGGUCAUUCUGUACUCUUAACUAAUAAAUAUUCACAGUAUCAAGGUAAACCGUUGUUGCUUUAGAUAAAAUUACUGCAGAUAAAGAACCAGAUGGGUUUCUUUAGUAGUUUUUCUGCAUCCUCCAGCCUUUAACUACGUCUCUGUUCACUAUAAACGAUAUAUAUAAAAGGUAUAAACAGUAGAGUAUAAACGAUAUAAAGGGUAUAAACGGGGUUCUGGUCCUGUGUCUGUAAUAAAGACUCUCCUCCCCCGUCGCCUCUAGCUUAGCGUUAGCAGAAGCUAAUCCCCGGCAGGCCGACAGCAGAGCUUUAAUCUAACUCUUAAUCUGCCGCUGGGGGUGGAGCUGCAGGGAUUAAACUCUCCCUGUUGGGGGUUGGAGACGCUCCGACCACGGCUGACCUCCGUCGUCUUCGCUCUGGAAGCUUUCCUCUCAGGGUUUCCCGCUCCUUCCCGGACUUUAAACGGAGCUUAUCUCGGCCAUCGGAGAUGUUUCCAGGAAGCGGGACGGCCAGUUCUGGAGCCGGGAUCAGAGGACACUAGCUUGGCUCUGAAGGUCCCGGAACAAUGAGCCAGAGUCCAGCUUCGUUCUCUCAGUACAGAUCAGAAGAUGGUCGGGGUUCUUCAGCAGCUCGUCCCGGUUCCUCAGGUUCUGGUCAGACCUUCACCCCGACCCCCAGUAGAACCACCACCAGCACCAGCCCCACCACCAGCGCCGCCGUCAAAGCAGACUCGCUGCUCUUCAACAAGAUCGAUGAACGUCAGCGUUUGGCUCGGGAACGUCGGGAGGAACGUGAGCGACAGAACGCGGUGAAAGAGGCCCAGCUGCAGGCCAAAGAGGAGCGAGCUCGGCAGCACUAUGAGAAACAUCUGGAGGAGAAGAGGAGGAAGCUGGAGGAGCAGAGGAUGAAGGAGGAGAAGAGGAGGGCAGCAGUGGAGGAGAAACGGAGGCAGAAGCUGGAGGAGGACCGGGUUCGUCAUGAGGCGGUGAUGCGUCGGACGUUGGAGAGAAGCCAGAAGACCAGAACCAAAACCAACCGCUGGUCCUGGGGAGGAGCUCUGAACACCAACACUCCCAGUACACCAGCAGGUUUUGUCGAGUCGGUCUUCUUCAGUCCGCUCGACCUGGCCGGACUGGAGCACAUGCAGAGUGCUUUCAGUCUCUACCGCAGACAUGGGAUGACCCUCCAGUAUGCCGACAGACGCUCGGUGUCCACCAUGAAUUUAUCCAAACACACCGACCCGGUGAUCACCAAACGGCUGUCCUCGUCCUCGGCCACGCUGCUGCACUCUCCUGACCGAGGGUUACAGAGGAGAGCAGCUUCUUCUCCUGUUCUCAGCAGAUCUCAGUCCAGACUGAACCCGGGGAGCAGCAGGAACUCAGGGCUGCGUCGCCUCCCGUUGACGCCGUGGGAGAGCAGCAUGGUGAACCGCCUGCAGCAGCCAACUCAUUCCUACCUGGCUCGAAGCCGCAGCGCCAUGAGUCUGUCUGGAGAGCAAACAGCAUUGCCUGUGUGUCCUCGCUCAGUGUCCUGCCACCCGAUGGGCUCCAUGUCCUUCAAGGCCCUGCAGGUGGCACCGCUGCCCCACUGUCGCAGCCUGAGCAGGGAGACGGCAUCCUCCAGCUCCACCGUCCCUCGGAGAAGAACCACCGGAGGAACUCAGCAGCAGAAGGACCGAGACAACGUCAGGAAGUCGUGGAGCAACCUGUCCCUGCCUCUGGCUCCGGUUCUCAGCUUACCUCCGACCAAACGCUCCGCCUCCCCGGCUAAGAAGAGCGGCAGAGUGGCGGCGCCCCCUCCUGGAAGACCUCCACAGAAGUCGGCUCGUCCUCCCACCCCGAAGCUGCUGAAGUCUCCUGGAGCUGAAGAUCCUGGAAACCUUCGUCUGGUCAGGAUCUCACCAGAGAGCUCCGACCCGUCCACGCCCACCAGAACCCGGCAGGACGACGAAGAGCAGGUCCUCAGUCCUCCUGUUCCUCGACCUCAGCCUCUGGGUCAGAACAAGACGUCGACUGAAGCAGCAGUCGGAGAGAACAUCAGCAGCCCUCCGGCCCACAAACCUUCAGCCGGAACCACCGAUCCAGAGGAGGCCAGCCGGAUCCUGGCUGAGAAACGCCGUCUGGCCCGAGAGCAGCGGGAGAAGGAGGAGGAGGAGCGACGGCAGCAGGAGGAGCAGGCCAGACUGGCCAGGGAGGAGAUGGCUCGACGGAAAGCCGAGGAGAGAACCAGGAGGGAGGAGGAGGUCCAGCGCCAGGCCGAGGAGAGGAGGAGGAAGGAGGAAGAGGAGAAGAAGGCGGAGGAGGAGAAGCUCCAGAAGGAGAGAGAGGAGGCCGAAAGGCUCCAAAGACAGAAAGAGGAGGAGGAGUCCCGGCAGAGGGAGGAAGCAGAGCGACUGAGGCAGGAGAGAGAGAAACAUUUCCAGAAGGAGGAGGCUGAACGUCUGGAGAGGAAGAAGCGUCUGGAGGAGAUCAUGAAGAGAACCAGACGCUCAGACCCAACAGAAAAGAAAGUCAGGAACGGAGACGAAGCAGUGAGUCCAGCUUCUUCUGCAGGGACUCUCAGCAGUAAUGGAUGCCAACCAGACCAGAACCAGGACCAGAACCAGGACCAGAGCAGCACAGAGCAGAACCAUCCUGACCAGAGGGAGAACGGGGAGUUCGAGGAGGUGAUUGAGCUGCCUUCACAUUCCAGGUUGUCUCCUCCAGAAGGAGAGGAGCAGCAGGAGAACCCGGAGGAGGACAGGGUUCCUGUCGUAGCCUUCACUGAGAACGGCCUCCUGAAGCCUUUGAGAGAAGAUCUGUCGGCACAGCAGGGACCAGACGUUGCCUGAUGCCCUCGUCCAUCCCGAUGCUUCCACAGCGGAGGUCCGGAGGUCAGACAGGUGGAAAAUCAUGAAGCCGCUGGACCGAAUCCGACCACAUUCUGUCUUCCUCCCAAAGACGGCAUCUUCAGAGAUCUCCCCAAACACUUAGUUUCCCUCAGCAGACUCUCUGGGGAAGAGUCGGCCAGCCGAUGUCCUGAAACCCCAGGAGGACAUCGAACGCCUCGUCUGUGUGUGAUUGUGAGUGUGAAUGAGAUAAAUCAGCCGUGGAGUCUUCAGCCGUGAUACUUGAAGAGUUUUUUUGUUGCCGUAGAAACUGAGAAUCAGCAGAACGAGAGGCUCAGAUUUCUAUCGAUGCGUUUGUUUGUCUUUAACUGGAACGUUUCCGCUGAGAUGUUCCCAGAGAUAGGAAGAAGAUGGGAGCGUGAAGCUGCACUGGAGUGGAACAUAACGGAGUCUUCUAGGUUUAAUCCAAUCAAACGCUGAUCUCAGGAGACUGAGACUUAGACUGUAAACUUCUGAUUUCUGUUUAGUUUAUUUAAUUGCUGUACAGAUAAAAUGUGAUUCUUUAUUUCGCCCUCCUGCUUUCUCCUUUAUUUUUCGUUUAAACCCGUCGGAGCUGCGUCCUGUAGCUCACCAUCGGCGAUUGACUUUUGUUUUGGCCGAGCGAAGACGAUUAAACCAAUUAACCUGUGAUUAAACAAUGUGAUUAAUUAGAGUUUUCAAUUUAGGAUCGGAGAAGAAAUGCUGCUAAUGUUGAUUUUACUUUGCCUUACUGCAUCAUAGAAGGAACGAGGAACGAGGUUAUGCAUUCCUGGACUCAGGUAAAACACUGGAACCCGAACAUUCGCUUCAUGUUUGCACUUCAUCUUCCUGUUUGUGUCCUGCAGGACCAACGAAAUGCAAUAAACCUCCGGGGUCGGCUUCAAAAAGACGCUUUUCUAAAGCUUGUCCUGUGAGUUCAAUGCAAGUUAGAGCGGCUUAUUUUAGUCUAAAAAUGGGGAGAAAACAGCUGAGUUUUUUGAGGUUGCAGAAAAACACUCGGCUGAAUUUUCCCAGUAAAAUGUCUUCAUUACUGUUAAUUUUGUCAAAGAAUCAUCAGUUUUCUGCUGGACUGAAGCUUCUGAACAGUUAAAACUUGUUUUUUAGUUUGGAAAGAGUGAUAAUUUACCCCUAAUUCAAGGUUAAAAUAAUCCAACAGCUAAAUUUAGAAGUCUUUGUGAAGCCGACCCCUGAUGUCUCAGCCAUCAACACGAAAACUUGAUCCUAUAAAUUGUGUAUAAACUAUUUUACUAAGACCACAGAGCUUUGAAGCUAAUAGCAGAGAAAAGGAGGUGCAGGAGGAGUUCUGUAAAACGAGGUCUCUGCUGCUGCUGUACUGUUUGGCAAAGAAAUAAAACUUUUGGAAUUGA